UCCUGCCUGAGCCUCGGCCCAACAAAAUGGCGGCGGCAGCGGUGUCGCUUUGUUUCCGUGGCUCCUGCGGCGGUGGCAGCGGUAGCGGCCUUUGAGCUGUGGGGAGGUUCCAGCAGCAGCUACAGUGACGACUAAGACUCCAGUGCAUUUCUAUCGUAACCGGGCGCGGGGGAGCGCAGAUCGGCGCCCAGCAAUCGCAGAAGCCGACAAGGCGUUCAAGCGAAAACAUGACCGCUGAGCCCAUGAGGUAAAACGCAAUCCCGUCUCAUGGGCCCCAGCGGUCUGGGCCCAGGCACCGCCUGAGUCGGGUGUUUGGGAAGGCGUUCGCUUGGUGGGUUAGGCCUGUGUGUUGCUUAGCCGAAAGAGGCAUCGUUUUCUCUUUAGUGAAAGCAAGUUGAAUACAUUGGUGCAGAAGCUUCAUGACUUCCUUGCACACUCAUCAGAAGAAUCUGAAGAAACAAGUUCUCCUCCACGACUUGCAAUGAAUCAAAACACAGAUAAAAUCAGUGGUUCUGGAAGUAACUCUGAUAUGAUGGAAAACAGCAAGGAAGAGGGAACUAGCUCUUCAGAAAAAUCCAAGUCUUCAGGAUCGUCACGAUCAAAGAGGAAACCUUCAAUUGUAACAAAGUAUGUAGAAUCAGAUGAUGAAAAACCUUUGGAUGACGAAACUGUAAAUGAAGAUGCAUCUAAUGAAAAUUCAGAAAAUGAUAUUACUAUGCAAAGCUUGCCAAAAGGUACAGUGAUUGUACAGCCAGAGCCAGUGCUGAAUGAAGACAAAGAUGAUUUUAAAGGGCCUGAAUUUAGAAGCAGAAGUAAAAUGAAAACUGAAAAUCUCAAAAAACGCGGAGAAGAUGGGCUUCAUGGAAUUGUGAGCUGCACUGCUUGUGGACAACAGGUCAAUCAUUUUCAAAAAGAUUCCAUUUAUAGACACCCUUCAUUGCAAGUUCUUAUUUGUAAGAAUUGCUUUAAGUAUUACAUGAGUGAUGAUAUUAGCCGUGACUCAGAUGGAAUGGAUGAACAAUGUAGAUGGUGUGCAGAAGGUGGAAACUUGAUUUGUUGUGACUUUUGCCAUAAUGCUUUCUGCAAGAAAUGCAUUCUGCGCAACCUUGGUCGAAAGGAGUUGUCCACAAUAAUGGAUGAAAACAACCAAUGGUAUUGCUACAUUUGUCACCCAGAGCCUUUGUUGGACUUGGUCACUGCAUGUAACAGCGUAUUUGAGAAUUUGGAACAGUUGUUGCAGCAAAAUAAGAAGAAGAUAAAAGUUGACAGUGAAAAGAGUAAUAAAGUAUAUGAACAUACAUCCAGAUUUUCUCCAAAGAAGACUAGUUCAAAUUGUAAUGGAGAAGAAAAGAAAUUAGAUGAUUCCUGUUCUGGCUCUGUAACCUACUCUUAUUCCGCACUAAUUGUGCCCAAAGAAAUGAUUAAGAAGGCAAAAAAACUGAUCGAGACCACAGCCAACAUGAACUCCAGUUAUGUUAAAUUUUUAAAGCAGGCAACAGAUAAUUCAGAAAUCAGUUCUGCUACAAAAUUACGUCAACUUAAAGCUUUUAAGUCUGUGUUGGCUGAUAUCAAGAAGGCUCAUCUUGCAUUGGAAGAAGACUUAAAUUCAGAGUUUCGAGCGUUGGAUGCUGUAAAUAAAGAGAAAAAUACCAAAGAGCAUAAAGUCAUAGAUGCUAAGUUUGAAACAAAAGCACGAAAAGGAGAAAAACCUUGUGCUUUGGAAAGGAAGGAUAUUUCAAAGUCAGAAGCUAAACUUUCAAGAAAACAGGUAGAUAGUGAGCACAUGGAUCAGAAUGUUCCAACAGAGGAACAAAGAGCAAAUAAAAGUACCGGUGGUGAACAUAAGAAAUCUGAUAGAAAAGAAGAACCUCAGUAUGAACCUGCCAACACUUCGGAAGACUUAGACAUGGAUAUUGUGUCUGUUCCUUCCUCAGUUCCAGAAGACAUUUUUGAGAAUCUUGAGACUGCAAUGGAAGUUCAGAGUUCAGCUGAUCAUCAAGGGGAUGGCAGCAGUGGAACUGAACAAGAACUGGAGAGUGCAUCUGUAAAAUUAAAUAUUUCUUCAAAAGACAACAGAGGAGGUAUUAAAUCAAAAACUACAGCUAAAGUAACAAAAGAAUUAUAUGUUAAACUCACCCCUGUUUCCCUUUCUAAUUCCCCAAUUAAAGGUGCUGAUUGUCAGGAAGUUCCACAAGAUAAAGAUGGCUAUAAAAGUUGUGGUCUGAACCCCAAGUUAGAGAAAUGUGGACUUGGACAGGAAAACAGUGAUAAUGAGCAUUUGGUUGAAAAUGAAGUUUCAUUACUUUUAGAGGAAUCUGAUCUUCGAAGAUCCCCACGUGUAAAGACCACACCCUUGAGGCGACAGACAGAAACCAACCCUGUAACAUCUAAUUCAGAUGAAGAAUGUAAUGAAACAGUUAAGGAGAAACAAAAACUACCCGUUCCAGUGAGAAAAAAGGAUAAGCGGAAUUCUUCUGACAGUGCUAUAGAUAAUCCUAAACCUAAUAAAUUGCCAAAAUCUAAGCAAUCAGAGACUGUGGAUCAAAAUUCAGAUUCUGAUGAAAUGCUAGCAAUCCUGAAAGAGGUAAGCAGGAUGAGUCACAGUUCUUCUUCAGAUACUGAUGUUAAUGAAAUCCAUACAAACCAUAAGACUUUGUAUGAUUUAAAGACUCAGGCGGGGAAAGAUGAUAAAGGAAAAAGGAAACGAAAAAGUUCUACAUCUGGCUCAGAUUUUGAUACUAAAAAAGGCAAAUCAGCUAAGAGCGCUAUAAUUUCUAAAAAGAAACGACAAACCCAGUCUGAGUCUUCUAAUUAUGACUCAGAAUUAGAAAAAGAGAUAAAGAGCAUGAGUAAAAUUGGUGCUGCCAGAACCACCAAAAAAAGAAUUCCAAAUACAAAGGAUUUUGACUCUUCCGAAGAUGAAAAACACAGCAAAAAAGGAAUGGAUAAUCAAGGGCACAAAGGUUUGAAGACCUCGCAAGAAGGAUCGUCUGAUGAUGCUGAAAGGAAACAAGACAGAGAGAAUUUCUCUUCAGCAGAAGGCACAGUUGAUAAAGACACGACCAUCAUGGAAUUAAGAGAUCGACUUCCUAAGAAGCAGCAAGCAAGUGCUUCCUCUGAUGGUGUCAGUAAGCUUUCUGGGAAAGAGGAGAGUUUUACUUCUUUGGAUGUCAGAAAAGUUGCUGAAACUAAAGAAAAGAGCAAGCAUCUCAAAACCAAAACAUGUAAAAAAGUACAGGAUGGCUUAUCUGAUAUUGCUGAGAAAUUCCUAAAGAAAGACCAGAGUGAUGAAACUUCUGAAGAUGAUAAAAAGCAGAGCAAAAAGGGAGCUGAAGAAAAAAAGGAAAUUUCAGACUUUAAGAAAAAAGUAAUUAAAAUGGAACAACAGUAUGAAUCUUCAUCUGAUGGCACUGAGAAGUUACCUGAGCGAGAAGAAAUUUGUCAUUUUCCUAAGGGCAUAAAACAAAAUAAGAAUGAAACAACUGAUGGAGAAAAGAAAGGUAAAAAAAUAAGAGAGAAAACUUCUAAAAAGAAGGAUGAAUUAUCUGAUUAUGCUGAGAAAUCAACAGGGAAAGGAGAUAGUUGUGACUCUUCAGAGGAUAAAAAGAGUAAGAAUGGAGCAUAUGGUAGAGAGAAGAAAAGGUGCAAGUUGCUUGGAAAGAGUUCAAGGAAGAGACAAGAUUGUUCAUCAUCUGAUACUGAGAAAUAUUCCAUGAAAGAAGAUGGUUGUAACUCUUCUGAUAAGAGAUUGAAAAGAAUAGAAUUGAGGGAAAGAAGAAAUUUAAGUUCAAAGCGAAAUACUAAGGAAAUACAAAGUGGCUCAUCAUCAUCUGAUGCUGAGGAAAGUUCUGAAGAUAAUAAAAAGAAGAAGCAAAGAACUUCAUCUAAAAAGAAGGCAGUCAUUGUCAAGGAGAAAAAGAGAAACUCCCUGAGAACAAGCACUAAAAGGAAGCAAGCCGACAUUACAUCCUCAUCUUCUGAUAUAGAAGAUGAUGAUCAGAAUUCUAUAGGCGAGGGAAGCAGUGAUGAACAGAAAAUUAAGCCCGUGACUGAAAAUUUAGUGCUGUCUUCACAUACUGGAUUUUGCCAAUCUUCAGGAGAUGAAGCCUUAUCUAAAUCAGUGCCUGUCACAGUGGAUGAUGAUGAUGACGACAAUGAUCCUGAGAAUAGAAUUGCCAAGAAGAUGCUUUUAGAAGAAAUUAAAGCCAAUCUUUCCUCUGAUGAGGAUGGAUCUUCAGAUGAUGAGCCAGAAGAAGGGAAAAAAAGAACUGGAAAACAAAAUGAAGAAAACCCAGGAGAUGAGGAAGCAAAAAAUCAAAUCAAUUCUGAGUCAGAUUCAGAUUCUGAAGAAUCUAAGAAGCCAAGAUACAGACAUAGGCUUUUGAGGCACAAACUGACUGUGAGUGAUGGAGAAUCUGGAGAAGAAAAAAAGACAAAGCCUAAAGAGCAUAAAGAAGUCAAAGGCAGAAACAGAAGAAAGGUGAGCAGUGAAGAUUCAGAAGAUUCUGAUUUUCAGGAAUCAGGAGUUAGUGAAGAAGUCAGUGAAUCUGAAGAUGAACAGCGGCCCAGAACAAGGUCUGCAAAGAAAGCAGAGUUGGAAGAAAAUCAGCGGAGCUAUAAACAGAAAAAGAAAAGGCGACGUAUUAAGGUUCAAGAAGAUUCAUCCAGUGAAAACAAGAGUAAUUCUGAGGAGGAAGAGGAGGAAAAAGAAGAGGAGGAGGAGGAGGAGGAGGAGGAGGAGGAAGAAGAAGAUGAAAAUGAUGAUUCCAAGUCUCCUGGAAAAGGCAGAAAGAAAAUUCGGAAGAUUCUUAAAGAUGAUAAACUGAGAACAGAAACACAAAAUGCUCUUAAGGAAGAAGAAGAGAGGCGAAAACGUAUUGCCGAGAGGGAGCGUGAGCGAGAAAAAUUGAGAGAGGUGAUAGAAAUUGAAGAUGCUUCACCCACCAAGUGUCCAAUAACAACCAAGUUGGUUUUAGAUGAAGAUGAAGAAACCAAAGAACCUUUAGUGCAGGUUCAUAGAAAUAUGGUUAUCAAAUUGAAACCCCAUCAAGUAGAUGGUGUUCAGUUUAUGUGGGAUUGCUGCUGUGAGUCUGUGAAAAAAACAAAGAAAUCUCCAGGUUCAGGAUGCAUUCUUGCCCACUGUAUGGGCCUUGGUAAGACUUUACAGGUGGUAAGUUUUCUUCAUACAGUUCUUUUGUGUGACAAACUGGAUUUCAGCACGGCGUUAGUGGUUUGUCCUCUUAAUACUGCUUUGAAUUGGAUGAAUGAAUUUGAGAAGUGGCAAGAGGGAUUAAAAGAUGAUGAGAAGCUUGAGGUUUCUGAAUUAGCAACUGUGAAACGUCCUCAGGAGAGAAGCUACAUGCUGCAGAGGUGGCAAGAAGAUGGUGGUGUUAUGAUCAUAGGCUAUGAGAUGUAUAGAAAUCUUGCUCAAGGAAGGAAUGUGAAGAGUCGGAAACUUAAAGAAAUAUUUAACAAAGCUUUGGUUGAUCCAGGCCCUGAUUUUGUUGUUUGUGAUGAAGGCCACAUUCUAAAAAAUGAAGCAUCUGCUGUUUCUAAAGCUAUGAAUUCUAUACGAUCAAGGAGGAGGAUUAUUUUAACAGGAACACCACUUCAAAAUAACCUAAUUGAGUAUCAUUGUAUGGUUAAUUUUAUCAAGGAAAAUUUACUUGGAUCCAUUAAGGAGUUCAGGAAUAGAUUUAUAAAUCCAAUUCAAAAUGGUCAGUGUGCAGAUUCUACCAUGGUAGAUGUCAGAGUGAUGAAAAAACGUGCUCACAUUCUCUAUGAGAUGUUAGCUGGAUGUGUUCAGAGGAAAGAUUAUACAGCAUUAACAAAAUUCUUGCCUCCAAAACACGAAUAUGUGUUAGCUGUGAGAAUGACUCCUAUUCAGUGCAAGCUCUAUCAGUACUACUUAGAUCACUUAACAGGUAACCAAUACACCUUGCUGAUUUCAUCUUCUCUAUAAAGACAUUCUUUUUCCAAAGAUUAUUGCAGUCAUCUUACUAUGUCUGUUCUUUUUCAGUUUUCCAUUUGAAUAAAAUGGGUAUGCUUAAAAGCAUAAAAUAUUUCUAAUUAAAAAACACUGAUGCUGUCAAAAUUAAAAUCAAGAAGCAAACUGAUGAAAAAGAUAUACAGCACAUAUGAAUAAUGCCCUUAAUUUGUAAAGAGCUUUUAUUUCAGAAAAAUUAUGAAUGUGAAUAAAUCCAUAAAAGAAGAUAUACAAAAUUCCAGAGUAUUUUUUUAAAAGUAUUCACCCACAUUAAUAAUAAAAGGCAUGUAAGUUAAAUUCAUGAGUUUGUUUCUCAGUUAUUUAAUUAACAAAGGUUGAAGGCAGAAAAGGUAACAUGGAAGGCAAGGCAUGUAGUAUGCACUCCAUGUUAUUAUGCACUCCAUGUUAUUAUAAAAAUGCACACAAAUGCCUAAAAUACAGCAAAAUGCUAACAGAAGUUGUUUUCUGGGUGUUUUUGUUAUGAAGACCUUCUAGUUUAUUUCUUGUAUUUUUCUAUGCUUUAAAAAAAUACAAUGAGUAGUUAUUGUUUUACCAUCAAUAAGCUUUUGCGUGUGUGUGUCUGUGUCCCUCUGUGCCUGAAGUUGUCUGUCUUCACACAACAAAACCUUUGGACUGGAGUGAGAUUUCUUACUUGUUGGUCACUUAUUCUGGUACAUUUCCCCAAAUGAUAUUACAUAUUUAAUUAGGAGAUACAGGUUAGAGGGUGCUCUUUGGCCCAUUGUGAAUACAGUAAUUGAUCAAAAGAAUAGAGGAGGAUGGAAGUAUGUACACACAUAUUAAAAUGAUACUUAAUUAUAGCUAAAGUGGUACUCUUUUUGUAAUAGCAGUGCAUUCUAGAGAGUAAUAUGAUGAUAGUUCUCAAGAAACAUUCUGCUGGGGAAAACAGUAUUUGAAUCUUAGUAUUUUAUGGAACUGCUUUUUUGCUCUUAUAAAAACAAUUUUUGUAUUGACUUUUGGAAGAAAAUCAGUUCCAAUAAAGCACACAUUUUCAUUUGUAUAUCUAUCAGAAGCUGGUAGAUUUACUAUACUAUUCUUUUUUGAAUAAUAAAAAUUGCAGGCAUAAUUAAAUAACCAAAUAGUUAUCCCAAUGAGAGAGUUGCUGUGUAGUUUAAGAGAGGGAUGUUCAGAUCUGUCUUUCAUUAAUCUCUGAGUGAUAAGGAGUAAUAAAUUUGGUCAUUUAAUAUUUUUUCCUUUUAAAAUGUUUUAUAUUAGGGAAAAUGCUCACAAUAGUGUUUUCAGAUUUUAUAGAAUUGGUUGUCUUUAAUAACAAUCUUAGGCUGGGCAUGGUGGUUCAUGCCUGUAAUCACAGCACUUUGGGAGGCCAAGAUGGGAGGAUGACUU